CAAAAAGUGAUAGAGUCUGACCAGAGGGCUGAGAAAGCUGAGAAACAGUGACGUUGAGGUGUAUGUAACGAGGAAGGCAGGAUGAGAGCCGUGAGGGAACGGUGCGAGGCCGGUGACGCGAGUGAUAAUGAGUGUCAGCUGCGCGUUGCACCGGUAUCGCAUCUCUCACGGAGGAGCGGAAGCAUAAAAGGACGAGCAACAGGACUGAAGGACGAGAGAGGACCAGGCCUGGACAUUGUGUUAAGUUUUAUUUAUGUUUGUGUGGCCGGCAGUUGACCGUGAGGUAGCUGUUGGCCCUUUACUUUCAUUUGUUGUUUGUUUAUUUUAUUAAAAGUUUGGUUGAACGUUCGCCGGUUCCCGCCUCCUUUCUUCCUUACUUUGAAGAGUAUUACAGUGUAUUAUUCAAGCUAUUUUAAGGCAGGAAAAAAAUUUUGAUAGAUGGAGGAAAAAUUCACAGGAAAAAAAAUGUUUACAUAUGUUAUUUUGAUGGUCAAAGAUUAGUUUUAAAGGAUUAAAUUAUUGACCAGAGGGGGACUUUAAAUUAUAUCCCACACAGUGCAUAUUAUACAUUUGAAUCAGGAUGAUUUAAGAUUAUCAUUAUAGGUUCUUAUUAUGGAGGAGAAGCUCAAAUCUGCAAACAUGCAACCCAGCGAAUCAGAAAACUCCUUGUACAGACAGUAUCAAGAGUUGAGCAGUCAAAUGCAGGAGAAAGACAUGAUUAUAAUGAAACUGGAGGGGCAGCUGGAGAAGCAGAACUUGGUUCGUGCCCAAGAAGCCAAGAUUAUAGAGGAGAAGGCUGCCAAAAUCAAAGACUGGGUGACUUUUAAGCUACGAGAGAUGGAAACAGAGAACCAGCAGUUAAAGAAAGCAAAUCUAAAACAGGCAGAGCAGCUCCUCAUACUGCAAGACAAGCUUCAAACUCUUCUUGAAAGACCCAUGUCUCCAGUGCUGGAUGCCCAUCUGGUUCCCUCCAGCCCCCUACACCCUCCCAGCUGCCCAGGAACACCUCCUGUCCAGGAGGAAGGAUGGAGACUGACUGGGUCCCGCAUAGCUGCAUCCACAGAUGGCAAGAGAAAAUUGACUGAAGGCUGUGAUUCUGCUUUUCAUAGUGCAUCCUUACUUCCCACGUUACACGAUAAAGCAGACUCUCCUAAGUCUAGUCAAGAUGAGGUUGACACCUCAACUUUAGUAAAGGAGGGAGGAGAGGGGGCGGAGCUUUCUUUUGGAAUGACACAUGAGAGAGGAGACCACUUUUCCGAUGAACUCAACAGCAAAUUCCGCUCCCAGCGCCUCCGAUCCUCCUCGUCAUCCUCUUCUUCGUCCUCGACUUAUGAUACUCCGGAUCCUGGUGGCUUUGACACACCCACCCCAACUCCUAAGAGCCCUCCCCCCGCACCCCUCUCGCCUCCUUUAAUCCGCCUCCCACUGUCAAUCCCCUUCCCUAUGACCCUGCCCUCAGGCACCAGCAUGACCCUGCCCAAAGUGCGCACCCCUCUGACACCCCGGGACAGCAUCCAGUUAGUGAAAAAGCACCACAGUCAGCCACAGCCUGGCAUUGAGCGCUUCCACCAGGUGAACAUCAACAUUGAUAUUGGAAACAGCACCUCUCAGUCCUGCCAAAGUGUGGUUUUGGCUUCCACACAUAGGCUGGAGGAGACUGACAUUGAUGAAAGACCUCCAGAGAGCAUGGAGGGGGUGGUGGAGGGACCAGAGAUGGAAGAACUGUCUUCUGAUGGAUUUGUGUUUGAAGGGUUGGACAAGGAACUGGAGAUGAUGGAUCCAGAAACACUAAAACCACCUACUCCGCCUUUGCACAGAUUUCCUUCUUGGGAGAGCCGUAUUUAUGCAGUAGCUAAAUCUGGAAUGAGAGUCUCAGAGGCCUGUCUUGGAACCAAGACUAUUGCAAGAGUGUCCACCCAACCUCAACACGCUAUUGCUGGCCCCUUCUCCCACCUCAUUUAUAAGAACAUGAGCGUCCCUGUGUAUGCCACACUUAAAGGGAAGGCGACUCAAAUCAGCAGCGUCCCUCUCCCUGAUGAUGAUUCUGGUUCAGAGGACGACAGCAGUUCAUUGGCCAGUCUGCACACAUCCACUCUGGGGCCAGAUAAGAAGGGCAGCACCCCCGGUAGUCCUCGCGCUGUGAAAAGAGGUGUGUCUAUGUCCUCCAUCAGCUCUGAGAGUGACUAUGCUAUUCCUCCAGAUGCGUACUCUCUGGACAGUGACUAUUCUGAGCCUGAGCACAAGGUUCAGCGCACGUCCUCUUACUCCUGCGAGAGCAUCGGGCAGGAAACUCUAGAGAAGGCAGGUUACCUGCUGAAGAUGGGCAGUCAGGUGAAGGCAUGGAAGAGACGCUGGUUUAUACUGAGAAAUGGCGAGAUCUUGUACUAUAAGUCUCCAAGUGACGUGAUCCGGAAACCUCAGGGCCAAAUGGAGCUGAACUCCUCGUGUCAGAUAGCCCGUGGAGAGGGAGCACAGACAUUCCAGUUAAUUACAGAGAAAAAGACAUUUUACCUGGCGGCAGACUCUCCAAAUAUCCUAGAGGACUGGAUCAGAGUUCUCCAGAAUGUUCUCAAGGUUCAGGCCAGUGGACCCGUUUCUAUGGAUAAGGAAGCCAAGCCUACAGUGCGAGGCUGGCUUACCAAGGUAAAACAUGGGCACUCAAAGCUUGUGUGGUGUGCUUUGAUUGGAAAAGUGUUCUACUACUACCGUAACCAUGAUGACAAGUUCCCAUUGGGUGAGCUGCGUAUUCGUGAAGCACGAGUAGAAGAAGUGGACAGGUCAUGUGAUUCUGAUGAGGAAUAUGAAGCAGGUGGGCGGGGCUUCCUAUCCUCUCACUUCACAAUAGUGGCUCAUCCCAAGGAGCAAAGUCCCACCUACCUGCUCGUUGGCACUAAACAAGAAAAGGAUACGUGGCUGUACCACCUGACUGUUGCGGCAGGCAGUUGUGCAAGUUUAAGAGUGGGCACAGAGUAUGAGCAGCUGAUUGGCAAGCUGCUGGACAUAGAUGGAGACCCAGAUUCAGCCCUGUGGAAACGUGGAGUGCUCUGCUUCAGUAAGGAGGGUCUGCGCUCCGCCCUCACCACGCUGCCUUCUGAAGCACUUCAAACGGAGGCUCUCAAGCUUUUUAAGUCAUGUCAGCUCUUCAUUAAUGUGCUGGUGGAGUCUCCCUCCAUAGACUACCAUACUUCGCUGGCCCAGAAUGCACUGCAGGUGUGUCUAACACAUCCAGAGCUCCAGAAUGAGAUGUACUGCCAAUUGAUCAAACAAACCAACUGCCGUACCCCUCACAACUACUCCCUCACACAGUGCUGGCAGCUGUUAUCAUUGUGUGUGGCUCUCUUCCUGCCUCAACAUCACUUUCUUUGGUACCUGAGACAGUACCUGCUUCGCAACGCAGAUCCCAGAACUGAAGUUGGAAAAUAUGCUGUGUACUGUCAGCGGUCAGUGGAGAGAACGUUACAGAACGGCGAGAGAGCGGCCAAACCCUCACGGAUGGAGGUUUUGUCUAUUUUGUUGAGAAACCCUUAUCAUCACUCUCUGCCCUUCAGCAUACCUGUGCACUUCAUGAACAACACUUAUGAGGUUGUAGGUUUUGAUGGUUCUACCACAGUAGAGGAAUUCCUGAACACAUUGAAUCAGAGGACGGGUAUGAGGAGGCCCCAGAUUUCAGGUUUUACGCUAUUUACUGACGACCCCUCUGGAAAAGAUCUGGAACACUGUCUGCAGCCCAGCUAUAAGAUUUGUGACGUUAUCUCCAAGUGGGAACAGGCUUUGAAAGAACUUCAUCCAGGGAAAUAUGAAGGAACUCGGAUUGUCCGCUUGACUUACAAAAGCAGGCUUUGUUUACGAGCCCAGGCUAAGGGAGAAACCGAACGAGAGCGCCUCCUGCUGGCUUAUCAAGUAAAUGAAGAGGUACAACAAGGGCACUUUCCUGUCAGUAAGGAGCUGGGCCUGGAAGUAGCUGCGCUCAUGGCACAGAUUGAGCAUAGUGAUCUAGAUCGAUCUGCAGUGUCUCCUGCUAGUUCUCCUCAGUCGAAGACCCAACAGAUACUUCUGCAGGUGCUAGAGCGCUUUUACCCCAAACGCUACAAGCAAGAAUGCAGCAUGGAACUUCUCAGGGACCUUGCAGAGCGUUUGGCCACUAAGUGGUCUGUUCUGCGUGGGUGCACAGCCUCAGAAUGUGUGAGAAUCUAUUUGACUGUGGCCCGCAAAUGGCCUCUUUUCGGGGCCAAGCUGUUCAGUGCCAAGCCUUUGCCGCCUUCUUCAAUAGACCAAACUCAAGUGUGGCUGGCUGUUAAUGAAGAUGGACUGAGUGUUCUGGAUUACACCAUGCAUCCUUUAGUCACAUAUCCAUACCAGUCGGUGAUCACCUUUGGGGGCUGCAGGGAGGACUUCAUGGUUGUGGUCAGCCAGAUUAAAGACCAGGCUUUGGGCAAGAAGACUGUAGAUAAACUUUUAUUCACAAUGGCUAAACCAAAGAUCCUUGAACUGACUCUUCUCAUGGCUAGUUAUAUCAAUUACUGGACCUCCAGUUUGCCAGGUGCCAGCAACCAGACCCAAGGCUUUGCACUGGGACCUCAAGGAGACAGAAGGCUAUGGGACAUAGACAGCAAACACUUUCCAUCAAUGACAUACACUACUAAAGGCCCCACUCUUCUUUAAAUGCUUCGAUACAUUGACAGUUCUUUAAAAGGACUGCAUGCAGUCAUGCAUAGAUACAUAUGUGCUCUUCAAACUCUUUUAAACUGCAUUGAGGUCAUUUAGUUAGUAAGCGAUAGUAUGAUUCACACUUGUGUUGGAAAGUUAGUAUUAACUAUUAAAGUUCAUAUCAUAAACUGUGAUGAGUUUAUGAUAUGAACUUUAAUAGUUAAUCACAUAAUAGUUGACCUAUCAUGUGACAACCCAGUUUCAAGGCAGUUUGUGGCAUUGGCACGAAAUUUGGAAUGUAUUUAUUCAUGUUAAUGGACACAAAUUUGCACCUUUUUUCGCGUCACUCAGCAAGACUUUCAAUACACAGGCCGCGUGUGUAUGUGCAUUUAUAUAUUGAUAACCGGAUAUCAAAAGAAGUCGUACAUAUUUUAGGAGGUGGCUAACCAACAUCACCCCAAACCCUAAAAUUGCAGCCGCAAAUGCUAAUUUAGCUAAAAACGUGAGUUUCACGAGGUGGCAAAGCAAUGAUAAAUGGCUACCCUAACCCUGCCCUUAAACCUAACGUCACAGGGGCAAAGUCAAAUCAUUACAAAACAUACGAAUGAGAUCGUAGGAAAUGGGUAUUCACAUGAAUGAGCCACUUUGUAAAAUAGGUAUGAAUUCCCAUCAGAUUGCGUUGAUAUAUAUUUAUACAUACGAAAGAUACCGCGUAUUAAAAUUUGUUAGAUUGAAACUUGUGCUGGGGCACACGAAAAAAAGGGGAAAUUUGUGUCCAUGAACAUGAAUUACAGUUCGUGACAAUGUCACAAAUUCCCGUGAGACUGUAUAGUACGUGAACCUGCACACUUCUUGAUCAGGGUGGCUUUACAAAUGGAGACUCGCUGUAAACCACCCACCUAGUCAGUGUAGCUCCAACUUUGUAUUUGUUGUCUGAAAUACAAAAAUGUUGGAGCUUAUUUGCUCUAAACUGGAUGCCUUGUGGAAUUACAGUCGAUUUUUUUAUUUGUGCAUUUUCUUUUGAUUUUAUUUUAGUUUAGCGUUCUAUGUUUGUUCCGGAUAUUUUCACUGUGUAACGGUAAAUUACUUAAAGCAUUGGUUCUCAAACUGGGGGCCCCAAAGAUGGAUCCGGGGGGCCACAGAUUUUGUGGCAUUUUAUGAAAUAUAGAAAUUUAUCAUAGAUUUUAUGCAAUCAAACAUCAGAAAAAUGACACCACCAACCAAAAGAAUUGAGGUUCCAGCAUUGUAUAACUGAAUGUUUUUGGUUUAAUUAAAAUUCUAAGUUUAAGAUUAUACGUCUUUAUAUGGGGGGCCGCAAAGCGAUGCACUUAACACAAAGGGGGCCUUACAACGAAAAAGUUUGAGAACCACUGAAUUAAAGGUACUGUACUGUUAGUUAUUGAAGUCCAUACAGUGAAUUCACUUAAAAACACAGAUUACACAGAUAGUUAUCUUGAGUACAUUUAAUACAUAUUGUAUGUUGGAAAGAAGCUAACCAACUAGCUAUGGUUAUGCUUGCAUGGUAAACUGUUCUAUAUACAGUAUCUCUAAUUUCCUAACUGAGUGUAAUGUGAUUUUAUUGAAAUGGCCAGCUGAAAUGGGGCACGUCUAGUUAGGUGAUGUCUCACAUCUACAGGGUUGAUUCUCAUUUAUUGCAUGACUAAAUUUGUCUAUGCAGGAAAUCACAUGAUAAUCAGCACUGUGUGUUUUUUUAGAUCGUUACAGAAAUCUUUUGUCACAUGCCAUGCUACUUGCUCCCCGGGCGCUGUAGUGAUAGCUGCCCACUGCUCCGGGGGUACGUGUGUUCACUACUCUCUGGAUGGGUUAAAUGCAGAGGUCACAUUUCGUUGCCUUGUACUUGUACAUGUGCAAUGACAAUAAAUUGAAUCCAAAUCCAAAUCCAAUUGUAGUCCCAGAUGUAAUGCUUAAUCUGAGCCAAACUGUUAGUAGUAAUAUUGAGAUGCAGAAGGACAUAGACACUUUUUAUUCGCAAGACAUUGUCUCUUUUAAAAGAAUGACGGACCACCCCACAUAUGUCUCAACAAAACGUUAAUAUGUGCAAGAACAUAUGUUUUCGUGAACUUUGUAACUUGCCAGGCUUUGUCAUUGUCAUGUUUUUUAAAUGUUUCUGUAUAUUUCCCUAGCAGUUAGAUCUCGAAAAAUACUUAGCCUAGUAUAAUUCUUAGUAUAUCAAUACAAUGCUACUUUGAAAGAUAUAACAUGUUUUUAGCUGUCAAAAAGUACAGUGUGAAUUACUCUGCAUCUGUUUUGAAAACAGAUAAUUGAAAAAGUUCACUGUAUAUACCCUUAAUAUUGCAGUUUUAAAGAAAUAAGAGGGAAAAGCAUUAUAGGGAGGACAUUUUGAAAAGAGCUACAAUAAUAAAACAAGUAACUUGAAUUAUUCUAUGAAUUUCUAUGAAACCACUGUUUCUGUAUUUUAAAUAUUUAUUUUAGCAUUUUGUUUUAAAACAUGUUUUACUGUAAUCAAUUUAUUUUGUUUUACCAGUUUAGUUACUUUUUUUUUAGAAACUUGAGAAAGUGGCUUAGGAAUAAAGUUACUUUUGUCACUGCAAAGAUGUCUAAAAAUGUGGUGGUACAAACAAACUCAAAGAGAGAUUGUUGAAAAUAAAACUUUCAUUGUG